AGCAGGGGCGGGGCGGUGGUUCCCUUCGUGUUCGCAGAACUCGGGUCUCAGCUUUGGCUUCUUUUAAUAGCAAACUUUGCUUAGGUGCUGGUAUUCUAAGGUUUGGUGUCUCAAGAUUUGGUUAUCUUGCACCAACUUAUCUGGACAAAAGGGAUAGAUUGCGCUGGAACUCAGAACCCACCGAGCAGGGGCGGGAGUCAGCUUACAAGGAGCCCUAAAGCCGCGGAAGGAAGAGUGUUGACACUGAUGAAAGAAAUCAGUGCAGUUUUUGGGUUUUGUUCGUUCUGGUUUUGUAAGAUAGGGUCCCCAGUAACCCACGGCUGGCCUUGAGUUUGUGAUCCUCCUGCCUCCAUCUCCUAAGAGCUGGAAUCACAAGAGUGCGGCUACCACGCCCAAAUCACUUGUAAUUUGUACCAAGAUCAGAAAAACAAGCAAAACACACAGCGCACAACCAAUGGUUCGCUUCAGUUGUCAUCUUGACAUACCUGGGAAGAGGAAACCUUUAUUGAGGAACUUCCUCCAUCAGACUGUCCUAAGGCCAUAUCUGUAAGGCAUUUUCUUGAUUGCUAAUUGAUGAAAAGAGAACUCAGCUCACUGUGGACCGUGCCAUCCCUGAGCAGGUGUCCUCAUGACUUCUCUUGUGGACCAUGUCCAUGAUCCUUUUUGCCAGUGUUGUACGGGUGAGGGAUGGACUACCCCUCUCAGCCUCCACUGACUUUUACCAUGCUCAAGAGUUUCUGGAAUGCAGGAGGCGGCUCAAGACAUUAGCCUUGAGGCUGGCCCAGUACCCUGGUCGAGGCUCUGCAGAAACCUGUGACUUCCGCAUACACUUUUCUUCGUCAGGGGACGUGGCCUGCAUGGCUAUCUGCUCCCACCAGUGCCCAGCAGCCAUGGCCUUCUGCUUCCUAGAGACCCUGUGGUGGGACUUCACUGCUUCCCAUGACAGCACCUGCAUCAGCCUGGCCUCUAGGCCCUAUGCUUUCCUUGAGUUCGACAGUGUCAUUCAGAAAAUGAAGUGGCAUUUUAACCACAUGAGUCCCUCUCAGAUGAAGAGCUGCUUGGAGGAAAUCCAGGAGGAACUUGAGUUCCAGCCUCCAGCGGUUCUGUCCCUGGAGGACACAGACGUGGCAAAUGGGAUGCUGAACGGCCACACCCCAGUGUACUUGGAGCCUGCUCCAAGUUUCCGGAUGGAGCCGGUGACAGCCCUGGGCGUCCUCUCCCUUGUUCUCAACAUCAUGUGUGCUGCCCUUAACCUCAUCCGAGGAGUUCACCUCGUAGAGCAUUCUUUACAGGUUGCCCAGGAGGAAAUCGGAAACAUCCUGGCUUUCCUUAUCCCUUUUGGGGCCUGCAUCUUCCAGUGUUAUUUGUACCUGUUCUACAGUCCAGCCAGGACUGUGAAGGUGCUGCUGAUGCUGGCCUUCAUCUGCCUGGGCAAUGUGUACCUGCAUGGACUGAGGAACCUCUGGCAAAUCCUGUUCCACAUAGGAGUGGCUUUUCUGUCUUCACAUCAGAUACUGACGAGGCAGCUUCAGGAGAAGCAGUCUGAUUGUGGAGUGUGAGGAUGGCACCAGACCUUGGAUGGAUCCUUGAUUCUCCUUGAUUCGUUUCCACUCCUGCUUUUCCACUUCACCUCAAGUUUCCAUCCUUGAAGUUCCCUUCAGCCAAAUUGGACUAAAACCCAAGAUCACAGAUUCUGGCAGGUGCCUCUGGAGGUCCUGAGGCUGUUGAUUCCUAGUCUUGGUCUGUGUGGAGCAUUUGUGCAGAACCAACCACCAGCUAAGCAUGUGCUGGGGGGUGGGGGGGCAAAGCUGGUGCUCACGCAGAGAGCAUCACUAAUGGAUUAGAGUGGGGGUACUUUGGUCUUCUAAACUGAAUGAUACAGUAAACCACUGGAUUCCAUAAUGCUAGUUUUAGUAAUUUGCAGUUAUCUGCAAGGAAACACUUUAAAGUCAAAAUCAGCUUGCAGGGUUGUAGAACUUUGGUCAGUUUUCUUCAGAGUAUCAGUCCAGGGUAAAGUAAAACCUGAAAAUAUGGUUCAUAAAUAUAAGCUAGGUAAAUUUUGUUUACAUUUUUGAUAACUUGGGUUCAGUAUACCUUUGGAAUAUUUAAAUAUAUUUUGGUUAUAAUCUGAACCUCAUUUAGGAUGAAGGCAAACUGAAGCUGAGAAAAUGCUAAAGAAAUCUGAAUUCCUUUACCUUUUAUGGUGGUGGGACUGUAUGGGCACAGAAAUGGUUUGUAUUUCUUUGCAGGGUAUAUCUGAAUAUCUUUAGAUUGAUAACCAAUAUUUCUGUAUCAUUAGCGUAGGGGCAUGAACAGAAGUGAGGAGUUCGGGGUCCUUUGAUUGAGGCAGAGUUGAACAGGAAAUGCUGUGAAUUCAGUAGUCCCUGACAGACUGAGGAGAGGCUGCAGCCAUCAGCCUGCACAGGGGCAGCCGAGUGCCUAUCACGGUAGCAGUGACAGAUAUGUGGCCCUGCGUACCUUUUCCCAGAGAGGCCUCCCAAAUUAAUUACUCCUUGCACUUUCCUUAAGCAUCAAGGGCCUCAUUUUUCUUAUGACCAAGUGUUAAGUGGAUGUUAACUCUUUAAAGCUUUAUGUUGUGGACAUGUGCUUUGGAAAGUUACUUUUUUUCAUUAUCAAAAAAUUGAUCACAGUUUUCCAAGCUCUGCUUCUCCUAAGGCCCCUGGGUCUCCAGGGUAGGUUUCUGGAAGAACUCAGGAAGUCACCGUGAGGGCUUACCCUCUGAGUGGUUCUUGGUAGAAGUCUGUAGUCUGAAUAGUUCAUUCACAAUUGGGUGAAAUUGCAUGCUCAAUAGAUGAAAAGUUCUAUUUUGAUAAUUUUAAAAUAGAAAACCAUUCUAAGAGUUAGUGGGAAAAGCAAGAAUGUAGCUUUAGAAAAUUGGGUCAUAUUUGGCUGUUACCUGUACUAUAUUGUUAGUGAGGCACCCAGGUGUCAUUUAGGAAAGACAAGCUUACGUGACUCAGAGCUGGAUUGGGAAAGUAUUGCCACAGUAAUUUUAUUUUCUUAUAAUAGAAUUUUCUAUUUUUUAAUCAAAUAUACAGUGUCUUGGUAUGAGCAUCUUAUUGGAAACAUCCUCAGGUAUGAACUUCAGCAUUGUUUUUCCCUUGAUUUCACACCUGCAUAAUUUUGUACAUACCUAGCAGGUGACUGUUCACUCUUCUUGAGAGAGAAUUUUGAGGAAAUGGCAAAAGAAGGAAGCCAGAGGUGAGGAGAGAAAACCUUUCAAAUUGAAGCACACAUUCAAAAAAGAUUUUAGAGUUGGUAUGAAGAAAUCAGUUGAAAAAUGUAUUGUUUUCCUCUUAAGCCUGUGUGGUACUGUGCUGCCCUAGCUGUGCAUCCCACUAGCUCUAGGGUCUGAUCCCCUGGUUGUCAGUCAGCCAGCAGUAAAGAAGUGGUCCCUGAGGGCCAGCCCUUGUUGGCAGAUGCUUCUUACCCCAGGUGCGAGUGUGGACAUUGUCCACACAUGGUUGAUGUGAUCCAUGAGUUAGCAUCUGGACAGGGUUCCAGGUUGACCUUUGCAGACAGAAGAGAAAAGAUGCCCUAGAAGGGCAGUAGGAACAGGAAUACGGAUACAGAAUAACUAGAAUCCCGCCAAGAGCGGCCUCUCUUACCUAACCUGAGGAGGAGACUGGGGACAGGAAAGAAGGUCUGGGGAUUUGUGUCUGAGGGAGACCCUGGUUCAAGCUUGGAGGCUGGUAGAUGCCCUGUGAUCCUUGGUGCCAGGAAGCUGAUUCAGGAGCACCUCUUGGUCUACCAUGCACUCCCUGCUGCUCUAGCUCUUUAAACAAGUUAGAUGUACCUUGUUGAGACAGUGUUGGAAACAAGACCUUAAAGGCACCUUCCAGAUCACAUGCUGCAAAAUGGCAGACUUUGGAAAGUGUUACAUUUCUUUGUUAUGCUGGGGGCUAGUGUGGCCCAGUGCUUAGGCAGGAAGCAUGACUCUGGUUACUUUUCCCCUAAGGAGCCUUAUUGUGAUAGGCUUUCCUUUUCCUGGAUAAAGACAGCUGGGUCUCCUUUGGGGUAGCUUACCCUCUGAUCUCAGGAGCCCCACUGACUCAUGUGAGCAGUGUGGCUGUGAGUUCUUGCUUCUGCUUCUUGGUCUUGCACCUCUGCUGUCCUGGAACUCUGUGGACAUGCAUCAUGAGCCAACAGCAUCAAGGUCUUUAAGGGAUAGGGAAGGGUGUUGGGAUGAAAGCUCAAGCACUAGCACAGGCGUCACCAUAGACUGCACCCUGAGCACAUUACCUUCUAAGCUGCCCUGUUCUCCCUCUCCUCUACCUGUUUCCACCCCACCUUUGGGAUGCAGGUGCAAACUAGAGUUCAGAGAGAUGGGAAGCCCUAGAAUUGUGAUGGAGAAGACAGGUGGAAGAGCUUCCAAGAGGAAGCUGGCUGUGUUGGGGUCUCACCCUCUGCCCUGCCUGGGCUCAGUGCCCAGGAGGAGCACACUCUGGUGCUCAGGGUCAAAGUCAACAUCCAGCAGACUGGAGGAAGCAGCUGUUUGGCAUAUGGGAAGCAAGGUGUGUGGUGGGGAACAGAAGUGGAGCUGCCUAUCUGCUGACAACAGCAGCUGCCCUUGGCUUCGGGGGACCGCAUGCCGCACCUUCGUCCAGGCCUGGAGAGUGCUGCUCUUUGAAGGAGACAGCUGCUCCUUGCAACAUCAGGACAGCAGCCCUCAGAAUUCUCUUCUGUAUGCUUGACAAUGACAAGUGAGGCCAGGCAGGGCCAGGAAUGGCCACUGCUUUCAGCUGUGCCCAGCAAACCUUGCUGAACUCUACUCACCCAGAUCAGGGAUGGCUCUACCUGUGUGCUGUGAGGGCUUAGCAUGGGGGAGAAAGAAAAGGUGGGUGUACCCUGGAGCACCCAAGUGGGAGAAGGAGUUCACAGGCCAACUAAGCCAGUGGCCUGGAGAAGGGCUUGGCUCCACGCAGUUGUGCUUCACAGUGGAAGUCCUGCGUGCUCUGCCUCAGUGUUUCCACCUGGGACGGGGUGAGAAUGUUGGUUUUCAAUCCAAGCAUACUGCUGUGAAGAUUUGCAAGUGGUCAUGGAGGAGACUAUCAUGUGUAUACAGUAAGAGAGGGCUACAAGGUCCCCUCAUAUGUACAGCAGGCCAUGGCCAUGUUCCAGCCUUCACAAGAUGGCAUUUUGUGCUGCUGUAGUGUCAAGGUCUUGUGCCUUCAUCCCAGAAAGGAAGCAGCUUCCUUCUCUCCCAGACUAGUCCUUGAUAUAUUUUAUACCCAUGGAGCCUCUGAUAGAGUCAGCACCAGACCUGCUUUGGGAUCCAAAAAGGCUCGUUCUAUUUGUUGGAUCAAACUUCAGUGUCCAUCCUCAACCCAAUCAAGGGGAGCUUCUGUCCUCCUAUCUGUGAAUGGCGCUGUCACCUGCUGUUGCUGGGGAAAUCUCAGCAGGGCAGCUGUGGGAAGGGUUCUGCCAUUCAUACUUGGAAAUGGAAGGCUGGGGGAACACCUUCCCACAGGGAGCAGUGGGCAGAGCUGUGGCUCACAAGCAACCUUCAUUUUAGGGUAAAAUUAAGCCCAUUCUUUGCCAAUGACCCGUGUUUGCUGCAUACAUGUAGCAGCCUUUAACCCUUACAUUGAUACAAUCUUCUGAUUGCUUCAGAAAUAUUAUCUAAUGAAUUAUUCACAUGGCUUAGCCCCUAGGAUUUAAUUUUGUUUAAUGGACUUUUUCUACUAAGAGCAUAAAAUAUUGAGACUGAGACAAAACCGUCUACCCCCAGGCUUAUCUCUAGUGCUGGCUGUCCGUGGUGUACAAGCAUCUUACUGUUUUCACGUGACAACAAACAUCUAUUUUAAGUACAUGGUGGGUACAUUUUAACUUUCACAUACUGGUAAACUGAAACGUGUCAGUGUACGGAUAGUGUACAGCUGUUAUAUACUGUGUAUAUAAUAAUGACAGGAGGCAGCUUCAGCAGCGUGUAAAGAAUAAAUCUAAGGUGUUUACUAA